GCCAUUCGAAAUGGAUAUUAUUGGCUAAAGAAUAAUCUGUUAACGUACUUCGCCUUCCAAAUUUGUCCAAGAAUACUUUCAUAGUACUUUGAGUCAAGCUAUAAAAACUACCUUGGACGCCUACAUAUUAUAGCCUUUCCUCAUCAAUCAUUACUUGAAUAAUCGGAACAAAGAAAGAAUAUGCCUGCCAGUACCAAAAACAUUAAGAUUGAAAGCAGCACUGAUCUAACUCCCGAGACAUUGAAGCAUCUCAACGAAUACUUAGCGACUCUUGAACCAAAAGAUAUACUCGAAUGGGCUAUUAAUUGUCUUCCAAACUUGUACCAAACCACUGCUUUCGGCUUGACCGGUUUAGUUACUCUUGACAUGAUCAACAAAAUCAGUCUUGACCGAGCCCAGCCCCAUCUUGUUCCUUUGAUAUUCUUAGACACGCUUUACCAUUUCAAGGAAACAUUAGACUUAGCACAGCGUUGCGUAUCAACCUAUAAUGUUCCACUCAAAGUCUAUAAACCUUUCAAUACAGACACUGUCGAUGCAUUUGAAGCUGAAUAUGGCCAUAAAUUGUGGGAGACUGAUGAGGAUUCUUAUGAUUAUCUUGUCAAGGUUGAACCAGCACGCCGUGCUUAUGAAGAGUUAAACGUAAGAUCCGUCAUUACUGGUCGUCGUCGCAGUCAAAAAGGUGCUCGUGAAGCUAUACCCAUCUUAGAAGUCGAUGAUACUGGUUUAAUCAAGUUAAAUCCUUUGGCCUACUGGGAUUUCCAACAAGUCUGGUCAUACAUUCGUGCCAACGAGGUUCCCUACAAUGCCUUGGUUGAUCAAGGUUAUCGUUCAAUUGGCGACUGGCAUUCGACCAAGGCUCCUGUAAAUGGCGACGAUGAACGUUCAGGCCGCUGGGUUGGUAAGCAGAAGACUGAAUGCGGCCUACACAAAGACUAUUUCAAGAUGCGUGCUGCGUUCAUGGCUGCCAAGAAAAAGAAAGAGGCUCAACAAUUUCAACAAAAUAUUGUUGCUGCCUAAAUUCUCUAUGUAAAUUCAGUUCUUCUAUACGCUUCUUUCCUACUAAAGCAUUAUACCUCCUUGGCCGACUCCUCCAUUACCAUAACUUUAUUUAUUAUCAUUUUCUUUAAUUAGCAUGCUUCUUUGACAUAUUCUUUUUAUAAUUUACCAUUCAAUAGUUUUUUCUUAUUUUUUUUCUAUCGCUGUACA